AUGUCAAUGUCCGUGCCGACAUAUCGAUCUCAUUCAACUACAUUCACAAGACAAAAUAUAACGGCUGUACCAACAUCGGAUAAAAAUCGUAUAAAUAUGACCAAUGACAAACGUAACACAAGUUUCCUUGUGCCCGUCCCACCAUCACCGAGAUUAAUCAACAGUUCGUCUACAGCACAAGAUGGACAUCAGCAGUUUCGUUACUCUCAAAUUCCGCCUACGACGUCUCUACCAUCUAUAUCCUCGACAUCUUCAACUGGGAUAACAUCUAAACCACGUUCGAUGACAUCACCUAAAGCACGUCUACAAUCUAUUGAUGACGCUGAUUCAGAAGAAAAAACAAAUCCAAAAUUGUACAUGUUUAGUAAUCGUCCUCGAGUAUUAAAUCUUCAACAGCAACAGCAAAGUAAAUAUCUUUCAUGUCGAAUACGCUCUCGUGUGUCAUCCGCGCCAGAUGAAAACAGUCUACAACAACCAUCUCCGCCAUCAUCAGCAGUCGCACAAAAACCCUCGUCAGCUAAUGGAACUAUACAACCACAACAACAGACUCGUCCAACACGUGGUGGUAGUGCUACAACGUCGAAUCAUUCGUAUCGAAAACUCUCCACAAAUAAAACUGACGAAAACCAUUUCCAUCCUGGCAAUAAUGAACAACUCAACACAACCCAUAGAUAUCGUCUGGUUAAAGUUGAUAAAAAACAUCAGCAGACAGAUCUCGCACAACAAACGCGUUCAAAAGUGCCAGAUGCUGUUCAAAAACGUCGAAUGCUGGUGCUAUUCCGAACAAAGCCAACUCAGAACGUAUCUACUAAUGAACACCGUUCAUUAUCGCAACAGUAUAAAAAAGAUUACUUGUCAGCAACAUCGAGAAGCAGUAUGAAUAAUUCGUCAAAUAUACUCAAGCAAAGCACCCACUCACCAGAUUUAAGACCGCAUUUAGAGCAACGGAAAAUAUCGGUGGUGCAACAACCAUUAGUUAUUGCUAAUACAAUUUCAACCUGGCAACAGUCGUCAUCAUCUUCUUCUUCUUCAUCGUCGGUACCAUCACAAUUACCUGUUCAAAAUCAAUUGAUUGAUCAAGAGCAAGGUAUCGAUACUCUCAAUAAAAACGGAGUAUUUGAAUUUGGAUCAAAAGCUGAAUUUAUGGAUUCAGAUGGCAUGAAAGCAAUGCUUAUUGAUAUUAACAAGCUCGAUGGUGAUGAUUUUACUGAUUCACUAUUAAAGACAACGCCCAAAACUGAUAAUCAAAUAUAUUCACCCACACGUCAACAAACAAAACGUUUAGAUCCAACAAAAUAUGAAUAUAUUGUUGAUAAUUCUCUUGAUAAUACAACAACAACAUUAAAAGUAUCACCUCGACCAACAAUUCAUUUCUCAUCACAAUACAGACAUGAAAUGAGACUAAGUUCAAAUACAAAAGCACCACAAUUAUUAUCAUCGAUUGUCACAGACAGUGGAAGCCAAAGUGAUAAUCUAGGACGAACAUUAACAUUACGAUUAAACACAACAACAAUGAAAAAACAAAAUUCAUUAGACGAUGUUGACCCAUUAGAAGACGAGAACGAAGAUGAUGAAGAUGAACAAAUUGCAUUAUGUUAUGAUGAAAUAUUAAAUUGUUACUAUGAUCCAGAGACAAAGAUUUAUUAUGAAUUACAAUCAACAUAA